AUGAGCCGCUUUCGUAUACGUAGCAGAGCUGGCUCUUUUCUUACUUCCGGUGUCGAUUACCUCGCCACUCGGGAUUGGCAAGCCGUCGCCGGUUCAGCGCGAGCCAAACUUCAACUCCCCUCUGCUUCACCUGUCAACUCGAACAGGCAUGUCAGAGCAGGCCAAUCGAGCGACUUUUCGUCUAGUUCCUCCUUGCCUCGUAUCAGAGACAUGUCGGGUCGUGCUGGUAUCGAAAACGUGGUCUUGCUACCUGGUUGGGCUCAGCGAAAGGUGGCUCGCGACCGUCACCCUCAAGGCUGGGCUACCAUUGAUGCUCCCGAGGAUCUCGAAGAUGGUGAAAUCGAACUUCACGUCGCGCUCAACGGCUUCGUCGCCAAAUCGCUUGAUGCCCCCACCAGAAGCCAGAGGAUCUUCAACCAGAUGGCACGACAACUCGCAGGUCUCCCCAAAAUCCAACCUCAGCCUCCAGGCUCCUCGAUCCUAGACUCCUCACCCGCCGCCACCUUUGUGGAAGAGCCGCAACGAAUCGAUGACAGCCCAACUACCCCUUCUGAGUCCGGACAGCAUGAAUUUGAGCAUGGCACAGACAGGAUCGCCCGUAAGGUUAUCGAAAAUGCCGACGACCAGAUGCUCGUUCGUCUUCUGGAGAACCUCAAUGCCUUUCCUACUGACUCUGCUGCUGCCAACGAGGCCGCCAGGGAAGCCGAGCAACAGUCCAGUCCCAUUCAUCGCUCCGAUUCUUUCGCCCAGCCGCCCAAACGCACCGAUACUAUGCUAUCUGGCGGCUCAGCUCAGUGGCUCAACAGAAGUCUCGAUGAGGUGACCACUUUCCACCACAACCUCUCGCACCGCUUACAGGCCUACUGGGUCUACAGAUCGCCACACAGAGAUGUACAUAUUGACAUCGCGCCCGUCAUCAAAGGCGCCGUUGCCUGCGACGAAAAAGGUCGCCGUCUCACCCUCGCAUCCACCCGUCUCACAGCUGACUCGACCGGCCAAUUCGAGCAUCGUCUCGUGGUACCGUGGCACAUGCUCUCCGCUUUCUGUCGUCACUAUGCCGAUCCGCUUCAAGCCAGCCCGGAUCAAAUCGAAGCAGUCGAGGUAAGAGCCAAGCUGCUCACCUCAAUAGCCGAAGGCUCAGCAGAGACUGGUGCUGAGACGCCAUGGCGACGUUUCCCCGUUCACGAGGACCAUGCUCGCCGUGUCAGGAUCAUUUCGGAUAUCGACGAUACCGUCAAGCACACUGGCGUCGUGCAGGGCGCCAGACAGAUCCUACGCAACGUCUUCGUGCUUCCCUACCACGAGGCUGAGGUCAAAGGUGUCGCUUCUUGGUAUCAUGCCAUGACCGAACUGGGUGCUGGUCUACACUACGUCACCAAUGCUCCUCUGGAACUCCACAGUCUCGUCUUGGACUUUUUGCAGACGGUGCGACUUCCCAUCAGCCAUCUCGUUCUCAAACAUUACCCAAGUGGAGCUCGCAGCUUGCUCUCCAGCUGGCUCGAACCGGCUGGCGAGCGAAAACGAGCCAAUGUUGUCAAGAUUCUCGAUGAUUUUCGCACCUCCCAGUUUAUCUUGGUCGGAGAUUCUGGCGAGCUCGAUCUAGAGCUCUAUUGCGCUCUAGCGGCUGAGCGCCCUUCUCAGGUUCGUGGCAUUUUUAUUCGAGAUGUCAGCAGCCCCGCCUCUCAUAAACCCGGAUCCCUCGGCCUCUCCGCGCCGGCUUCAGCUGGAAACCCCUCCAGCUCCUCUGAUACGCCAUUGAUCGACGCCUUGCCCAAGGCUCCUCGAAGUGCAUUCACCCAGCCAGCGUCAGCAAGGCGAGCUGGCGUAGUCGAAUCCACAUUCUUUGAUACUUCGUACCCGCCGAGGGCGCCUACUGCACUAGACUUGCCCGCCAACCGAUACGCAGACAAGAAUGCCGAAGCAUCAGUGUCCAGCCGCGCCUUAUCCGAAGCAGAGAUUCGCCAAGCGCAGACAUUCCAGACUCGCCUCAACAAGGCAACCAGCAUGCUACCUCGCACCACCGUCUUCAGGCUCUUCAAGGAAGGUGGCGAUGUCGAGAAAGUGGCUUGCCAGCUCAUCCGCGAACUGCAGAACGGCACAAGACCGGCCGACCGGCCAUCAUAG